AAUAUGGUCGCCGUGAAAAUAUAAACAAACAACGUUGUUUUCGAGUCUAACUUGUGUAAAAGUCAGUUAUCCUUUGAUAAAGUUACGCUGGUAUGCCUCUAAGAUAUUAAACUGCGUUGGUGGUGAUCUAAAAGUCCGAUGAACUCUUAGUGGAAAGAAUUAGUAUUCUCACAACGUUGAAAUCGGAAAUCCUACAAACCUGUUGGUAAUUAUGGUUAUUUGCCAGUACUUUCUGAAAGGGACGUGUAAAUUUGGCGAUCGAUGUCGAAACGAGCAUCGCAAACAAGACAACAGGGGCUCGUAUAACCAAGGCGGUCGUAACCAGAGAAAUUUUCAGCAAGGUUCCCGUGGCUAUAAUAAUGGUGAUCGGUAUAGUGAUGGCGCCGGUAGGAAUACUGGUGGUGGUCAUUAUGACAAGGGUUCUGGUCAUGAUGCCAGAGGUUUUGGUGGUAGUUAUAAUCAAGGUUCCAGGAAAAAUUAUCAGCAAGAUCGAGGGAAUUUCAGGGGUGGUCACGGUGGAGGUGGUGGUCACCGUGAUGGUGGUGGUUACCGUGAUGGUGGUGGUUACCAUGAUGGUGAUCGUUACCGUGAUGGUAGUCAGGGCCAUGGUUUUGGUGGAAGUCAUGGUGGUUACCAUGAUGGUGAUCGUUACAGUGAUGGUGGUCAUGGCCGGAGUUAUGGUGAAAGUCAUGGUGGGCGAAACUACAGCAAAGACAGGUACCACUAUGAUGCCAGAGAUAAGAACAGGUUUGCUGCAUUAACUCACCAGCCCGAGCCAGAACCACCAAGUUUCCAUAGCAACAGACCACAGCGAGGACGAACACAUUCAACAACCAGUCAGCACUCAAUACCUCUUGAUCAGAAAGUCGACAGAAUAAGGAAAGAUAUGAAAGACUGGGACGAGAGCGGACAAUGGCCAUUGUCUUGUUAUGCUCCGUUUGUGAACGAGCAAUGUUUGAAUGGCUUUCUUGACAUCUCUCCAGAGGAGAUGAGAAGCGAUGCUUAUAAAGCAAAUAUUGAUGGAAAUGUUGCAGCUUAUGCACAAUCACUUCAACAAACCUUGGGAAGGCAAAGACAUAGAAGACAAGAAUUGGCAACCAUCUCAUCUUCGACGCUCGAAGAAGAUUUAUCACGAUCAUCUCAGGCAGAUACUGGAGUUCCUGGUGGAUUAUUUGGUAACCUGGCGGAGUCCUCAAUAUUUGGUGAAAAUAUGUCAACGACGUCAACUAGCAUACUAGGACCCAGUCCACAAAGCAUGUUUACUUCAGAGGCAGUUCCCUCAAAUCCCCCGACAACCUCUUCUACCCUCUUUGCACCCUCGUCUACUCCCUUUAGAUCCGCACAAUCCAAUAAUACCCCGUCGAGUACAUCUAUGUUUGGUCGACCUGAUGGGAACUUAUCCAACACUAAAACUUCUACCGAUGGGGCUACGCCAUCGGUUACAAUGACGUCAUUACGAUGCAGCGAAGAAGACUUGAAGGCAUUUAAGGCGGAAUAUUUUGUAAUGGGUGCCAUACCUGAAUGCCCGCCACCUCUUGAACUUUGUUGACUGAUCUAUAUAAUUUAGAAUAUAAAAUUUAUAUGUAUAUAUUAGACUAACAUGUGU